AUGAAGCCCGUGAUAGAAAAGAAGAGGAGAGACAGAAUGAACCACAGUCUGGAAGAGCUGAGGACGCUGCUGAUGAACCACACGAAGGACACGCGCCUGCGCAACCCGAAGCUGGAGAAGGCGGAGAUCCUGGAGCUGACGGUGGAGUACCUGAGGGGGAGGAUGAUCGGAGGAGGAAGGGCAGACCCACUGGGGGGAGGUGAGAGUGGUUCAGCGGAGAGCUCCGUGAACAACCAGAGUGAUGGCAGACAGGAUCGUGACUGGCCCUUCUUCAGCCCCAUCUACAUGGCUGGCUACAGGCAGUGUGCUUCCCAGCUCACCAGCUUCAUUGACUGUGUCAACCCCUCCAUGAGGGAGCGCUUCAUGCUAGCUCUGGGGCAGCACCAGGAUCCCCAGAACUGCUCGCCUCCCUGGGGAGGGCGGUCUCAGACGUCCCCUGGCGACCGUCCACUGUGGUUCAGUGCAGCAGAGGCACUGCGCUCCAUGGAGGAUGGGAAGUCAGCAACAAGCCACAUGUCCUGUAGGAGACCAGAAUCCUUUCCCCAUUCCAAGACAGUGGUGCCUUUUUACCCAGCCUCCGCUAUGCUUCAUCAUCAUCCCUGGAGCCAGCCAAUUGCUCCUCCGUACCCCUCCCCACCGUAUUCCAUCUCUCCACCUCCUUCCCCAUGUUACUCCAAUAGCUCACCUACUCUCAGCAGCCCUCCCCCAUACCUGUCUAUUCCCUGCCAUUUCCCCUUCCCCCAAAACUUCUCUCCUCUGUCUCCUAAGUCCUCCUCCACUCCCUCCUCCAAUGCCUCCCUUCCAGUUCCUGCUGCCCCCACCUUGGGUCCAAUGGUUUCUCCAAAAGAGGACAGGGGACUUCUCAACGGCGACAGCUUUUCCCUGAACCAGUCCAGUCGCCGUGGAGACCCUGGAGUUGAAAUCCACAAACGUAAAUAG